CUUCGCGCUCCAAAACCUAAGCCAUUUUUCUUUCCCUCUCCUGAUACAAUCUCUUCACGCCUCCCCUGGAUCUUCCUCCAUGACGGUGUGCUCCUCUCGUUUCCUGGUGAGCGGGUUUCUGAGUUCGACGAGGCCCUUUGACCUUCCACUGCUGCUUCUUUCGCUCAUGGAACCUUUUGAUGAGACGAGGUGUAUUUCUUCGCCAAAGGUGGCACUCCUACUCCGUCGAUUCAUAACCUAGGUCUUGCCUUCUUUGGAUUUGUACUAGAGCCAUAGUCAAGGUAGAUUCAUAACCUAGGUCUUGUCUUCGUUCAUAAAUUUUGUCUCAAAAAUGAAACCUACUUUUGAUUCCACUAUACUUGUAUUUGCAAGCGCAACAUUCUCUUUUCUUCUUCUUUUUAGCUUUAGAUUUGUUUCAUCGUACCCUUUGCCUACUCAUAUGUCAACGUUUGUGGUGUUUGAUCUCUGAAGGCGUUGGUUUUAAGCAUAGAGUUCUGUUUGUUAUUCACUUUUAUUGGUCAAAAUAGUGUGUUCGGAUAGGUUUUCUAGGUCUUGCAUGGCUCGCCACUUGAUAGAGGGAGAUGGAAUUUGGGGGAACAGAAAAUUGGUAGAAGGGAAAUGAAGAAAGUCCUUCCUUUUAAUGGGCGGACGCAUAGCUCCCUCGCUGACACUGCCGUCUCGUGCCCUUUUCACAAGCCCUUUUCGUCUCGCUGCCAUGGCUAAGAUCAAGAUCGGCAUCAACGGUUUCAGAAGAAUUGGGAGGUUGGUCGCUAGAGUCACGCUUCAGAGCGAUGAUGUGGAGCUCGUCGCCGUCAAUGAUCUGUUCAUCAUAACCGACUACAUGACAUACAUGUUUAAAUAUGAUACCGUGCAUGGACAAUGGAAGCAUCAUGAGAUAAAAGUUCAUGAGAUAAAAGUGAAGGAUUCCACGACCCUUCUUUUUGGAGAGAACGAAGUUAUUGUCUUUGGCAUCAAGUCUUUAAACUCAUGUUAUCUGUGUCAUACUGAUAGAAGAAGCUGCUUUCCAUGUUUCAAUUUUGGUGAAAGUUGUUUACAGAGAUUGUGGUUUGUGUUUAGAAACCCUGAGGAGAUUCCUUGGGCCGAGACUGGAGCUGAGUUCGUUGUGGAGUCGACUGGUGUCUUCACAGACAAGGACAAGGCUGCUGCUCACUUAAAGGUACGUGUUGAUAAAUCUGAUUUUGUGAAGCAGUUUGAAGCACAAGUUCAUAUGUUGGUUCUAGCAUAUGAAGGUGUUGUUGAUUUUGUCUUUUCAAAGCUGGAUGAUUUUGAUAAAAUUCAAGCCUAUGUUAUAUUGGAAGAUUGUUUAGACAUUAUUGCUAUUGAUGACAUGUAUAAAUGA